AUGUCUGAAAGUGUUAAUUUAAUGCCAUUCGUCUGUAAAUGGUUAGAUAUUCAUUCAGAUCCACAACACUUCAAAACCAAGGAGAAACUUAGAAAUCAUAUCGUUCAACAUGACAUCAGUUCUUGCAAAGGAUCAUUUCGAGGAGACACAAUUUAUAUAUGUCCGUGGAAAGGUUGCAAUAAAUGUCAAAGUAGUAUUAUUAAAUUAGAAGACCAUUUACAUCGACACAUUCAACAAGAACCAUUCAAGUGCCCAAUUUGCAAUCAUUCGCGAUUUGAUUCCCCUGAUGCGCUAAGCCAACACUUGAUUAUGAACCAUAAUGAUAGCAUUGUGGACUCUGACACCGAUUAUGAAAAUGAAGAAUUGAAUUUAGGAAAAUUCGAAGAUAAAAACAAUGUUCAUGUGAAGAAAGAGGUCAGCAAAGAUGAAAAAGAUAAAAUUAUACCAAUAAGCAAUACCACAAAAUUAUCUUAUCGUGAUGUUCUCAUUAAAGGAAGAGUCAAUGAAAAUAAAAACACAGAGGAUCUUAAGUCUUACGAACAUGAAAAGGCCAUGUGGAAUUCAUCUUGUCAUGAUGUUCUCAUUAAAGGAAAAGUCAAUGAAAAUAAAAACGCAGAGGAUCUUAAGUCUUACGAAGAUGAAAUGACCAUGUGGGAUUUAAUAGAUAAAGGGAUUGAAAUCAUCUCAUUAUUACCGGAGAGUCCAGUUAAUGAAUAUGAUUUUGAUAAUGAUGAUUUACCCAUUGCACCACGGGGAAAAUUGACCGAGACUGAAGAGGAAAAACUUAUGUGGAAAGCAGUUUGUGAAAAUUACAAAGAUACAGAGGCUGGUAAAUAUUUUAAUAAGGCCUUUGAAAUGAUGGAAAGCAAAUCUUGA